GGAUAGUGAGACCAUCCUGCGAGCGCUGGGGUUUUCCCAGGAGAACUUUAGUUCUAAUGCUCUCCCUCCAUCUAUUUGAGAUCUUGUGUGGUCCCAGAUGAGAGGCCCCACCUGGGGUUCAGAGAGGACCAGAGCUCUAGGCUUAAAAUCCUUUCUGCCACAUUCUCCCCAAGUGACUUCGGACAAAAGGUAGUUUCAUAAUCCUUUGCAAAACCAUCAUCUUUGUGGCAUAGUUGAACCCUGAGUUUGAAUAUGUGGCGGGGAGUGGGAUCCAGUUUUGGUGACUGUUACUAUCCCUGCAUUCAUGCUAUGUGACAACACAGGCCAGCAGACACUCUCAGAUGGCAGGGCUCCUUUGGGGCCUGGAUGCAUUUGCUGGUGAAACAUUAUUGCUCUUUAUGAGGACUCACUUGGGUUCGCCCUGCACCUGGGGACGCCAGCCCCUUGAGGGACAGGAAAGAAUGGUGUGCAGGGAGCUCUGGGUCCUGGGCUCCUCCCCACCCUCCUGCCCUUUUGGAACUAAGUAGAUUAGGCCCUGUGCCAUUGUGAUUAAAAUCCUGCUGUGUGGGAACUGUGGAGGUUUUGCUUAGAGCAGGAACAUGAGGCUCCUAGGAGUUCAGUGAACAAGGAGCCUUGGGAGGCCCUUUCAGCACUGGACAGGCGGGAGAUGCUGAAAAGAUGGCUUUUGUUUUUGAGGCGGGUUUGGGAUUAGGGUUGCCUAUUUCUUUAGACUCAGUGUUUGUCUUUGCUGCCUUCUCGUGACACUAGUGAUCUUCCUGUCCUCUGCCUGCUUGUCCCUCUCAUUUCUUCUUUUCACCUGUUCUUCCUGCUGUCACUCUGUCCCACCCUUGUGGGCCUUGCCAGUCUACCUGUCUCAUGUGUUUCAGGCCUGAAGGCCUCUUCUCUGCAGUCCGGCAGGCUGAGGGCAGGCAGAGGACAGAGCAGGGUCAGGUCAGGUGCUGAGGAUUCAUCCUGGUCAAGCUGCAGCUUACUCCCCCGCCACCACGCCAGGGGAAGGUGGGGGCUGGGCAGGAAGAAGGAGGGCCUGCUAUACCCAUGUCACUCAGUGUCCCCUCCUCCUGCCCGCCUUGACCAAGUGUCAGCAGCCUUGGCAGUCAGAACAGUGGAGUCAGUAGUUCUUGGGCUGAGCUGUAACCUGAGAAGGUCCCCCACCACCAACCCCAUGGCUUGUGGGACGUCAGCUUCAGCUGCAGUCUCUGCUGUUGUGUCUCCUUUUACAGUCCAAUGGUCUGAGACUUUUGCUUGGGACAAUGGUGUAGAACCAGGCACAGUAUGACCCCCAAGGGUUCCUUGGCCACAAUCAGGGAUGGAUGGGGCUGAGCUCUGACCUGAGUCAGAGUCUUAGAGUCAGCCAGAGGAGCUGGUAGGAGUCUGGGAGGGCUAAGUUGUGAGGUGUAACCUGCUUCCAUUUUACAGAGGGCAGAACUGAGUGUGAGCUGCACCUGGCUAGCUGGGGUGAACACUCCAGACUCUCUAGCCAGCACCCUGCACCUGACCAUCCUUACCCUGCUAAGGCUCAGAGGCUACAUUCAGGGGCCUGAGGGACCAGGACCUUGAGCUGCCACACUCGUUGUCCCAUUCCUAAGGGUUCAGCCUCUACAAGGGACCCAUAGCUCAUCCAUAGAUGCUCAUUUAACAUUACAGCCCCCUUCUCAGGAUGUGGCAGAGGGACUAGCAGGUGCUCUCUGUGUUCUCUGGCAGGCAGCAGCACAGAGGACGGGGGGAUGGAAAUAAAGGCACCCACUUGCUGAGUACCUCCUACGUGCCAGGCACAAACAUGGCAGAAUCAGAAUGGGUUAUCAACCCCAUGUCAUGGAUGCAGAGACUGAGGUUCAGAAAGGCAGAGUAACUCACCCAGGGUCACAUAGUAGGGACAUGGCCCUGUGCUGGAACCCAGGCUUGGCUCUCAGCCAUUCUUCCGUGUGUGCCAGCUCCACUGGGGAUCAGGAGCCACAGUCUGCUCAUCUGCAUAAUGAGGGCCUGGGCCAGGUGCAGUGGCUCACGCCUAUAAUCCCAGCACUUUGGGAGGGCAAGGCGGGUGGAUCACCUGAGGUCAGGAGUUCGAGACCAGCCUGGUCAACAUGGUGAAACCCCAUCUUUACUAAAAAUAAAAAAAAAUUAGCCAGGCAUGGUGGCACACACCUGUAAUACCAGCUACUUGGGAAGCUGAGGCAGGAGAAUCAUUUGAACCUGGGAGGUGGAGGUUGCAGUGAGCUGAGAUUGCUCCAUUGCACUCCAGCCUGGGUGACAAGAGCAAAACUCUGUCUAAAAAAAUUAAAGAAAAGAGGGCCUGGGUGUUCUGCUUAGUCAAGGCCUUCCUUUUGACUGUGCAGACAUGUUAGGUGGUCAGUGACCAUGGGCAGUGCCAGGGAAGCAGGUAGGUUGGGGGGACCUGCCUUGCCCACUGCUGGGGCAGCUCUUGCAAGUGGAUAGCAUGGAGACUGGUCAGAGGGUGCCCCAGGAUGCCUCUCCCAUGCCAGUCAGCAAAUGGUAUUGUCAGGGGGAACAGUUGGCUGUGGUGAUGCCACCGUCACAGGCUGUAUUCUGCCAGGGACAGGAGCUCUGGGGGUUAUGACUCAGGUUCGGGACCCCUUCUGCUGUACUUCAUGGCCUAAUUAAGUGUUUGAGUCAGGCUGAGCCAGCACCAGGGUGUGUCCUUACUCUAGGCAGGCCCAGGAGACAGGGAGUGAGUCACUGCAGCUAUUCCCAUGGCAGGAACAAGCAGUGUCCCUCAGAGCUGCCAGGCCACCACCCUGAUCCCCUAGAGGGCAUGGCCUCCCCCUCUUCCUCAUAGCUAUGGCUCCACGGUGUGAUCAGAGACUAGGGAAGCCUUCCGGGAGCCAGCUGGGUGUUGAUGCCUUGGGAGCCAUCUGGCUGAACUUGAGCAGGAAGGGAUAGGGACCAGGACAGAGGGAAACUAGAAGCCUGGACAGCCAGUGCCCCUGCCACUUUUGGGAGGAGUCUGAGGAGAGAGAUGGCUGCCUGUGCUCACCCAGGCCUGUAUGGAGAACUGCAGGGACGUGAAUGAAGCCAAAGGAUGAGGGAGAGAUGCUGAGCAGAUAUAAGGUAGAAGGUCAGUGUCGGGGGUGGGGAUGGAAGGUUCCCUAGGGCCUCUGUGCCAUGUCUAUGGGGGUGAGCCAGUGCAUCUUCCCACACCCACUUCCAAUUCCUUUGUCAUCUCUGUGAUGUCUCCUCCAGGCAAGAGAGACCAGCUGUCAUUCUUCUGAAUGCUAGAGGGUGUUGGUUCCCCUCUCUCCAGAGCUGGCCAGUGGCAUGGCCUGCUGGGUGCUUCAGCAGGGGUCACCUAGGCAUGACCUCACUUGCCCUGGCCACCCCCAGCUAGGGAGGGUUGCACGGCCCUUUGUAACCCUGUGCCAGCUAUGUGGGCAUCACUGCUACACAAUUGGCCAGUUGGGAGCACAUAUUUCGUGGCUGGUGAGGGGUCUCUUCACAAAGAGAGACCGCUGAUGGGACAUUAUUUCUGAGAUUACAAAACACUUGCAUUAGCUAAAAUGUUCCAGUCUUAUGAUGAAAAUGUCCUAUUUUUACACUGUCAUAGAAGAAAUAGAACCAGGGUAAAGUUUCACAGAUUAUGUAGCUGAUAUUGAUACAAAAAUUCCUUUUUCCUCUUUGAAGUUAAAGGAAGAUACCAGAACCUGGAUCUUCUCAGUAUAUACUCAGGGGGCUCGUAAGUGGUCUCUGCAGCCUCCCCUGGCCUUCUGUGGGAAGGCCGUGGGCAGAAUGCUGGGAUCCCACACCUGUCAGGGGUAGAGGGAGUUCUAAUCCUGCUACUUUCUAACUGUAGAACCUCUGGGGGAGGGGAGGAAGCCAUAGCUGUCUCUGGGCCUCUUUCCCCACCUGUAACACAGGUGCCAUGUGGGAGGAGAGUGGGUGCCCAGUUCACAGAUCCAAGCUAGGGCUCAGGAAAGUGAAGGGACUGGCCAGGGCCACAUACUUUGCAGGAGGGACAUUGUUCAAAAGGCUGUGCGAGUGGUAAGGGGUGUAGAGGUAUCUGCUACCUGGGAGAGUGGGGGACUGCCACAAAGAAGUGAGGAUGGGUCCCCUCCUGUAGCUGGCCAAGCCUGAGAGCUGGGUGAAUUCCCUGGUGUGGGUCUCUGUCCUUUCAACCGUGGUUCCCAUUUCCCAAGGUCCUUCCUCUGAGAUCAGCCACCUUCUCCCCACCCUGGAGGGUCAUCUCCUUCCUUACUGAGCCUUUCACAGAAAAACAGGAUUCGUAGACUCAAGAUUCUUGGUCCACCUUUGAAAAGCCGAGUCUGGCCCUGCCCCGCUGAGAAUCUGAGACCAUUUUCUGUGACCUGCUGGAUUGGAGGGGUUCUGCCUCCCCCGGGUCCCCAAGGCUGCACCUAGCUUUCUCUGAGUUCUGGGAAACAGGGAGGGAGGAGUGUAAGACCAUUUCAGGAAGACCCAGGGGAAUUCUGAAACCAGGAGUCCCCAAGCAAACCUGGAGACUGAUUUUACCUGUGCUGUGGUGGCCCCUCAACACCUUCAGUGUGCACCUGACACUGUGUUUGUCUGAGCUCUUUGCACGUGCCCUCAUCCCCUCCUCAUGGCUCCCUGGGAACAGGAGUGUUAGCACCAUCCCCACUUUCCAGAUUGGGCCCAUGAGGCUCAGAAAGCCUGAAUGGCCUGCCCAAGGCCACAGGGGAGUUGGGGAUAGACUUGGCUUCUGCAUCCAGGUCUGUCUGACCUGGACCCCUGUGGCUGCAGCUGGUCCUGUUGUGUGUGGUCCCUGGUCUGGGGCACUGGGACCCCCUAGCCCACCCCAGCAAGGACUCACGUUCCCACUGUUCUUCCCUCUUCCUGCCUGGGAGCUUCCCUCAGGUUCCUCUUUCUAGAAGCAUUUCCCUUCAUUCUUCCCAUCCCCCAGUCUAGGCAUUUCAGCCUUUGUUUCCAGGUUGUCUGGGGCUGGCAGGAAGCAGACUGACCAAGGCCAUCAAAAUUUAGUAAAUCAGAGGAACCUUGCCUUCCUAAGACUUGAUGAUUUUAAAAUUUGUGUUAGCUGUCCCAUCAGCAGAGCUUCCUGAGAAGACACUAGACCUGGAAGCUUAGCUCCUCCCUCCCCUCCCAGGACUCUGGUGGGAAGUAGUCAGAUGGAGAUUCCCAGCCUGUCAGCGGCCACCCUGUCCCACAUCAGGUGUCUUGGCCUUGACCCAGAAGGGGAGUGGUUGUUCGGGAGUCCUCCUUCCUCAUGAGUUCCCUCAGAAGGGGCUGGCCCUUCCCAUCUUGCAUAUUCUGCCAGGUCUGGUUCUGGAAAGAAAGGAGAAGGGAAGGGAAGGAGCCAAGACCAGUUUUCCCAGGUGUACAUGUCCUCGUCAAGCAUCGCAAUCUACUCAUCCAUAGACCUCCAAAUCCUUGAGGACAGAGUGCCUAUGGCAGCAUUCCCAGUCCCAGCCCAGGCCCGGCCCCCAGACAGGGCCAGUUUGCAGGAGUUGGGAGGGGAUCUGUACAUGGGCAGGCCUCCUUGAGGAUGAAAGUUGAAUCCUGGUUCCCAAAGAACUCUGACUCAGAGGUAGCCAUGUGCAAACCAUGUGACCCAGAGAAUCCACAAAGCAUCCCUGAGCCCCACUUUCCUCAUCUGAAAAUGGUAGCUAACAAUGCAGUUGUUGAAGGGCAAGAGCUAAUGGGUGUGACAUGCCUGGUAUAGGGCGGGGCUCCGUGAACAGCUGCCAUUGUUGUAACAGCCACCAAACAGCAGGGCCUGGUCCAGACCAGGGGUGUGGGCCAAGCUCUCUGAAGGAGUGGUGGGGCCUUCUCAGUUUGUUUUCCCCAGGCCGGUGUUGUGGGAAUGAGUGCCUACUCCAAGCCUUGAAGCUGCAUGGAAAAGGGAUGAAGCAGCUGUCACAUGGUCCCCACUGCAGGGCACAGCUCCUGUAUGAUAGCCCCAAGGCCCGGCAGGAGGUGGACCAUCACUGGCAGGCCUCUGGUGGCCCCCACAUUGUCCGCAUCCUGGAUGUGUAUGAGAACAUGCACCAUGGCAAGCGCUGUCUCCUCAUCAUCAUGGAAUGCAUGGAAGGUGGUGAGUUGUUCAGCAGGAUUCAGGAGCGUGGCGACCAGGCUUUCACUGAGAGAGAAGCUGCAGAGAUAAUGCGGGAUAUCGGCACUGCCAUCCAGUUUCUGCACAGCCAUAACAUCGCCCACCGAGAUGUCAAGCCUGAAAACCUGCUCUACACAUCUAAGGAGAAAGACGCAGUACUUAAGCUCACCGAUUUUGGCUUUGCUAAGGAGACCACCCAAAAUGCCCUGCAGACACCCUGCUAUACUCCCUAUUAUGUGGCCCCUGAGGUCCUGGGUCCAGAGAAGUAUGACAAGUCAUGCGACAUGUGGUCCCUGGGUGUCAUUAUGUAUAUCCUCCUUUGUGGCUUCCCACCCUUCUACUCCAACACGGGCCAGGCCAUCUCCCCAGGGAUGAAGAGGAGGAUCCGCCUGGGCCAGUAUGGUUUCCCCAAUCCUGAGUGGUCAGAGGUCUCUGAGGAUGCCAAGCAGCUGAUCCGCCUCCUCCUGAAGACAGACCCCACAGAGAGGCUGACCAUCACUCAGUUCAUGAACCAUCCCUGGAUCAACCAAUCGAUGGUGGUGCCGCAGACCCCACUCCACACGGCCCGAGUGCUGCAGGAGGACAAAGAUCAUUGGGAUGAAGUCAAGGAGGAGAUGACCAGUGCUUUGGCCACUAUGCGGGUAGACUACGACCAGGUGAAGAUCAAGGACCUGAAGACCUCUAACAACCGGCUCCUCAACAAGAGGAGGAAAAAGCAGGCAGGCAGCUCCUCUGCCACACAAGGCUGCAACAACCAGUAGUUGAUGGGGACUUGGAGGAGCCGGGCCUCUGAGCCUGCAUGGCAGACUGGAGUGUGCUGAGGCCCCGGCCAGGAGGGCCCAGGGUCAUUCCUUUAACAAAAGGAUUUUGUUGUGUUUUAAUGUGUCACUUGGAACUUCAGGAUGGAGGACCCUGACCCUAAACCUCCUUCAGAUCUCUGGCCCAGGCUCAAGCCCUAGAGAGGGGCAGGGCCUAUGGCCUGGAAGCUGCCUGCUGCUGCAGCAGCACCUUUAGCCAGGGUGGCCCGAGUGAGGCCUCUGCACUGUCCUGCCCUGAUACAUGGCCUUAGCCUUCUAGGCCACUGGGAGUUGUGGCUGAACUUCCCAUCUUCCACGUCUUCCACGGAGACAUCCCCCUGCGGGGUGGGCAGAUGGGCCUGGCCUUGAGAAAGGCAUUGGCCAUUGGUUGUCAUGGUGACCAGGGACCACAUUGCUGUCUGUGAAUGCUGAAUGAGCGAAUAAGGGAAGAAGGGCAAUCCAAGGUUCACCUCUGCCUUACUGGGGAGGCUGGUUUCUCGCACACUGGCUGCCCCCUCAGUCUCCUCCUUGGGCUCCCUGAGGCUGCAGGGGCUAGUCUGCCUGUCUCCCUGUGCAGUCCAGCCCUGCCUUGCUGCAUCCCCAGCCCGGACGGCACUCAGCGCUCUCUCCUGAGGGAAUCCCUGGGCCUUGCCAUCCCGUCACUACUCUUUACCCCAAAGGGUGGCUUUUCAUCUCAACUUAAGGUGAGGGAUAUUUUUAACCUUUUUCCACUUUGGAAAAUGUCACUGUGACAAAAGCCAGUAUACUUCCCCUGUACCCACCUGCUCACCAGAUCUCAGGCAGGAAAGACCCAUUCUGUUGAUGUCAGGGGCUACAUUUUGGUGUACUUGUGUGAAAGUGGCUGGUUGGGAGCAGGGCUAAAGAGGCUUCCCAUUAACCUGAGGUCUCUUUCUUUACUCUGGGUCAGACCUGAGGUUGGGGAAUGUGACCGAGCUCUGCUCAGAAGUCUGGUCCUGGCUUGGGCCUGAGUAGGGGCAGGGACACCUGCCUGGCUGAUCAAGGCUUACCCAGCCCCACCCCAUCAUGGUAGCCUCAGGGUGCCAAGUGCCUAAUACUGCCUGACAAGUGCCUGACACCCAGCCUAGUUCCUUCCUGGCCCCUGUCUCACUGGCUGGGAAACCCUAGACCAUGUCAGAUAGGACAACACUGCUGGAUUUUACAUCCAGAUCGUAAUAAACACCAUUUCAUCAUUU